ACCGACACGGAGCGGAGACGCCAAACAUCUCCAGCCAUGAGCUUUUCACAGGACUUUCUAGGAGUUUCGUUAAAAUCCUGGAAACACAGAGACUCAGUCACAAUGUUUGAUGUGGUUUACGGCAGAAUGAGAGAGAAGAUCGUGCUACAGCGGCUGAUAGUGAUUGCUCGGCUCCCCCACGAUGCUGCUGAUAGGACAGAACUGGGAGCUCAUUAUGAGAAUCUGAACUUUCAGCUGAACAAACGGUACAUGUGGGAUCACAUCACAGGCCUGCUGCUGAUCUACCCGUCCUGCCUGCUGCACAUCAUCGAAUCAUCCAGAGAUAUUCUGAUUUCUGUUCUGAGAGACCUGACAGUCAUGCAGCAACAGCCAGACUGUGCCUUGAUGGAAGCAAAGAUCGUGUUCAUGGUCCAUAACCCUGAGAACAGGCUGUUCCAGCAGUGGAGCUACAAGGUGCUGGAUGCAGGUCUAAUCGCUGGAGACUCUAAAGGACUUGAAGAAGACGAAGGAAACAUGGAAACUCUGGUCUGCAGCGUCCUGUCAGCGCUGCAGAAGCUGAGUCAACACCUCGAAAUAACCAAGAGGGCUCUUCCUGGGUCAGCGCUGGAUGAAACUCCGGAGCUCAUCGUCCCUCUGAAGGUUCUGGACAGUCUUUUGUGUCGAGACGAACUCCAGAGUCCACAGGAAUACCUACAGCUGUACGACUCGCCGCUAAACGUCAACAUCGAGUUUGGACAAGUCAAUCCACGAAACUUCCUCCCCAAUGUUUAACUCUCUGGAUAAAAGAAUGAGGCCUUCACCAGAGAACCUUGGCCGUGACUGAAAGCUUCCUAACAGAGUAGAAUUAAUAUUCUGCGGCACUUUUUAAAGUUUUCCUUCCAUUUUUUUCACUUAUUCGUUCCCAUCAUGCAUCUUUCCGUUGCACGCCCUUUAUCAUCGAUAGGAAACACACAAAACAUCCCAGUAAUACAAAAACAUUUUUAAUAGUUUCAACAUUCGGAUGAGGAUUAUUUUAAACUUUUUUUUUAAUCUUACACUGUGUUCCACUUGGUGACCGAGAGAUAGCAUGUCCAAGAAAAAGGCAUUUCCUCUUCACUCCAAACUUUUGAAGAGUCCACAGCAUCACUACAGUUUGACACAAAGAACUUUUAAAUCCAAAAAGAUUCCUUGAUCACUUUUUGUUUUCCCUUUUUUAUUUUGGCCCCCGUUUACUUGGAACUUAAGCCAAAACAGCAACAAAAAAAAGAUGAGAUGGCUGCAAUGGCUGCAUGCACCACAGUGUAAUCUUCAGACCGCACAGGUAAAAACACACCUGUACGCUUUUCUAGCAUUUCUCCUACGAUUUCAGUGUAAAUUCACGGGAAUUCUUCAGCAGAUUUUAGUCCUCUGAAAGCGCAGUUUCCUGUCCACAAACAGACGAUGGUCUCUGCUUUGAUGUGCUUUUUCUUAUUUGCUAUAGAUAAAACGUAUGCGGUGGAGACAAACAGGAAAUCAGGAAGGAUUUAAACAAAGUCUUGGCAGAACUGAUGGAGAGUUUGACUGAAAAAAAAAAGGUUCAAGGGCAGCACUGAAUUUUUCUUCUGUUGCGAAGGUCGAUCUAUUCACUUAUAAAAAAUAAAUACAAGCACAUUUAUAUAGGACCAGAGAUGAGACGUAUUUCAUAGGCAUGGUUAAAAAGCAUGCUGCUGACUUUCACACAGGACAACCAACCCCACCUCCCCCGAAACACUUCGUAUUUAACACCCCUCCACCCUCUUAGACUAUGUCCACAACACACACACACACACACACACACACCCACUCACACACUCACUAUCCGCCUUUAUCAGGAUCUAUGAGGUGAACUAGCAUCGGUACAUUCCACCUAAUCAUGUAAAAAAAGAAAAGGCCUUCAGAUUUUAGUGCUCAGGGGGUUGGAAAAUGACCGGAAACUGCCCCUGGAAUCCGUGUCCGCUCGACAGGGUUAAUAAAGUCGAUAUAUUCUGCACGUACGAACCUCGAUCUGAAACCUUCUAGCACAAAACGAAGAGCAGCACAGAGGAACAGAGAUAAUCCAGACAAAGACAGGACAGAGAUCCACCUCAGCUGCAACAGUAAUGUCAUAAAAAACUACUUUCUAUCACCAUCAAGCUGUUUGACUCUAAAUAUUCAAUAAAAAUGUCAAAUUCGUGCUGUAUUUAUCAGAUUAAACAACUGUUUCACUGACAAAAAAAAUUCACUAGCAGCUGUUUUGAUUAUUAAUUUGUCAAUUAUUAAAUCAUUUUAAUUUAAAAAUGAGAAAUAUUUUCUUGUUUCAGUCUCAUCGUGGUGGAAAUUUAUUGGGUUUUUAUUCAAUGUCACGAUAGUAAAUGCGAUACUUCUUUCAGUUUUUAGUGUUAGCCAGACAAAACAAGUCAUUUGAUAACAUAAAUUUGGGCUUUUUUAUAGUAUUUUAGAUUAAAUAAUCUGCAAAAUAAUCAAUAAAUACAGAGCAAACCUUCAAUAUUUCCAGUUUGACCAAACUUUAAAACAACAUUUUUCUGAAAUCUUUUAUCUAAUAUCUGUCUAGAACCAUUGAGAACUUUGCUGUCCAACUGAGGAGGUUUAUUAUCUGCCGUCUAAUAGUUAAAAAACAGUGACGGAGUUUUUUAGUUUCCACGCAGAGUCUCCUUUAACCCCUUAAACCCUGCUGGAUCCUACUAUCCAUCCAUCGCUACAAUUCCAAGUUUUCAGGCCAAACGUUGUGCGAACCCACAGAAAACUAUUUCAAAUCCUAAACAACACAUAUUCACAUUUUCAGAAAUAUCAAAUAUGCCAGAAAACGUAAAAAAAAACAAAACACAAGACAUCUUGACUUUUCCUUAAAAUAAAUGUCGUGUAGCAUCACGUAGCUGCACUGAUGUGUUGGAAGGAGGAUCUGCAGUGUUUUUUUCUGACUGUAAAGCUAAAAUCAGGGUUCAAGUGGUUAACUGUGAAGUCAGGAACUCUGCAACACAAACACCAUGAGCUGUUUUCAUUUAGAAAAUCUGCAAACUAGAUGUAACCUGGAGCCCGUUGAGUUUUUUUCCAUGUAAAGUGAUGUCAUUCUGUGUGAAUGUGGCAUUUAUUGUGCUAGAACCAGCAACAUUAUAAUAUUAUAUGUACAGUAUAAUGUUAUAAUGUCAUCAUUUAUAGUUUUCAAUACAGUAUUUGUAUAUAUCUAUCUAUAUAUAUAUAUAUAUAUAUAUAUAUAUAUUUAUAUAUAUAUAUGGAUUUGUCCCCUGUCGGUAUAUACAGAACAGAUAUGUACAGAUGCUUGAGUAUUUACAGAAGUCCUGUGAGCACUUUAAAGGAACAUGAUGGUCGAGCAACACAGCGACUUUGAGGCCAUGUGUAGUGGAUGUUAUCAGGACCAAAAGGAAAAGUCGUCCAAAUCUGGAUAGGUCACGACAAAACCCACCGCAAGGCAAAUAACAAACUGCUGCUGUCAUACGCAAACCACCGGUUGAACCGAUUUUCAAGUUUCCUCCUAAAACCGAACCUGAAAAGGUUUAAUUUUUUUUUCGAUGCAGCAGCAGGGAAGUUCUGGUCCCGUGUUUGAAUACUUUUUAAAAAUCCUCAGACGAGAUUCAUGCGGAGCACAAACUCCUCACACCCAGUAAAAAGCAUUCAGAAAUAUAUCUGUAUAAAUACUCUCAUCAAAAUAAACACAUAUACACAUAUCUUUGCACUUGCCUCUGGUUCACUAAUGUAGACCAAAAAUAUCAGCAUCGUCAUACAGGGUUUCCUAUAAACUCUAAGGUGGAGGAGGUGGCUGGAAAUGAAAGUGCACUGUCAGAAAAAAGUGGGCUUAUUUAUGACAAAAUAGCACCUUUUUUUUCUGGGAGUGAGUCAGAGCUGUUUGCUGUCUUUGUUGUGUGAUAUGAUGGGAUGGAUGUUAAAACACCUCAGAGCGGUUUGCGAGGUGAUGAUUCCCAACAUGUUUGUACGAGGUUGUCACAUAUGGAGCCUGGAGUUUGCCACUGCAGUAAAUACAGAGUUUUAUAUUAUUUUACAUUUUAUCUGCAAUAAUUUAUGAAUGAAACCCUGCAAUGGGAGGCUUUUUCUGCCUUAAUUGGGGAGAUUUUUCCUUCAGCUCCACAUAAACUCCUUGUGUGAGGGAUAAACUAGGGAUAAAAUAGAGAUUUACUUAAUGUACAGUACGUUUGUUCAAAAAAAUUAACAAAUCAAUAACAAGAAAAGCUCUCAGAGAGCUCAGUACUCCGCCAAGGCUGAUCAGUGGUAUGAUUUCCGACGAAUAAGUCCUGAUAAGUCUGUAGUCACGGUUACAGUGACACCGUGCUGCUAUCUAGCAAUGCUACAGAAAUUUUUAAUAAAUCCGUGGAUCCAGACUAUAAGCUGCAUCACUGCCAAAAUCUAAUCACUUGGUCCUUGUGUCAUUUCUGACCUUCCCUGAAAAUUUCAUCCAAAUCUGUUGGUCUGUUUUUGAGUAAUGUUGUGCACAGACAGACAGACAGACAAACGUAUGCCGAUCGUCAUAUAACUCUGCCAAGGAACGCAGCGGAGUUAUAUGACAAUCGGUCAGUUAUUAAAAAACAUUACAUUAGCAUGUAGAUUAUACAUUUUGAAACUGAAAUCAGCUGUUCUUCCUAUUUUUUUUGCUAGCAUAUUUAAGGUUUUAGCGUCUUUCAGCUCAUUGUUUGGAUUUUAUGGUCGAAAACUUUACUGAUACAGAGCAUUUGGCAGUUGAAAAGCUAGAUUGGGGUGGAGACCAAAAACAGAGCAAAAAGGAGAGUGAAAGUGCAGCAGGUCUUAAGUUAAAAAAAUAAAUUAAAAUUAAAUAAAUAUAUACACCACCAUUCAAAAGUUUGGGUUCAUCCAGACAAUUCCAUGUUUUCCAUGAAAAUUCCCACUUUUAUCCAUGUGCUAACAUAAUUGCACAAAGGUUUUCUAAACAUCAAUGAGCCUUUCAACACCAUUAGCUAACACAAUGUAGCAUUAGAACACAGGAGUGAUGGUUGCUGGAAAUGUUCCUCUGUACCUCUAUGGAGAUAUUCCAUUAAAAAUCAGUCGUUUCCAGCUACAAUAGUCAUUUACCACAUUAACAAUGUCUAGACUGGAUUUAUCAUUCAUUUAAUGUUAUCUUCAUUGAAAAAAACUGCUUUUCUGUCAAAAAUAAGGACAUUUCUAAGUUACCCCAAACUUUUGAACGGUAGAGUAUUAAAAAACUAUUCAUAGUUCUAUUAAUUCACAAAAAUUGUCUUUAUUAUACAUUUUAAAAAAUUAUUGAUGUUCCAAUUUUCCUCCCAAAUCCUUCUACUCAUGAGUCUAAACAUAACCUUUGAAGUUUUUCACUGAUAGCACUACAAGCUCUGCAUUUCUGUUUCUAUAUCGUCACCUUGAACUGUUGGCAGUAGUGAUGAAAAGCAGCAAUGAGCCUGAAAAAGGAGAAACCCAGUAGCUAUACUUAAAUACUUUGAUGUAAAACAACGCAUUUAAAUUGAAACUACUAUAAAAUUUGCUUAUCCAAUGAAUUAUAACAAAGGAAAUGCGUAAAAAAUGUUUUUUUAAGACCUCAGUGACACACAGGAGCCCUAUUUUCAAACUGACACAAAUUUCUGUAAUGUUGCUAAGAAAAUGUGAAUUAGACUUUUUUUUUUAACCCUCGUGUCAAAAUUGACCCGUUUUAAAGUUUGAAAAUGUGGAAAAAAUAUAUUUUCACAGUGAAACUUCUGAUGUGCACAUUUUCAACAUUUGUGGGAAAUCUUUGAACAUUUUUUGGUGGAAAAAAGGAAAUAUUAAAAAUGUUUCUUUCAGAACAUUCACAAAAAAAUCAAUCGAUUUUUUGUUCUUAAAGAAAAUAUUAGAAGUUUUACUGAUAUAUAUGUAAUUGCUUUAGAUAUUUUUAGGAUUUUUUGAAAGAUUCUUACUCAUUUUUUGAAAAUAUUUACAAGAAUUUUCUUGCCAAAUUUGAGGAUAUUUUUAAAAAAAUAAAAUAAAAAUAAAACUUUUAAGGGAAAUUUUAAAGGAAUUUUUGGAAUUUUCUUCCUGAAAGUUUUGCAGAAAUUUGGGGAAUUUUUUUGCUGAAUUUUUGGAUUUUUUUCAGACAAGGAAACAUUUUUUGUUGCCCAUGAAAUGAGGACAACAGGAGGGUUAAAGAGCGAAUAAAAUUGUUUAUAAAAAACCUCCACAUUGAACCUUUAAAAGUCCAACUUUAAGUACUCUGAUUGGCUAGACUCUUAUGACAGCUGGCCAAUCAGAGCUCCUGUUGCUACUCUGUGGAUGGACUUCAGUAAAUUUAAUUUUUAACACAGUGGUUUGACACUCCAACCUUCAUAUGACCAAACCUCUACAUUAUCAUCUUUCUCUCCACAUUCUUCAAGCUGAAGUUACUCCUAGCUAAAGAAAAAUGAAAAAUCCCACGUCGCUUUGCUUGCUGCCAAAAAUAUCUAAAUAUGAGGAAUCACGUGGAGUUUUUCAUUCUUCAUCUUCUCAUAAACUGUAGUAUGGAUCUCAUAUAUAUUAUAGCCUCAGCUGUAGCGGAAAUGAUCUUUACAGCUCUCCCGUGGACACAAAAUAUGAUCUGAUUUAUAAUGUUAAUCAUAUCUUAUACUCUGAAAAAUGUACAGUAUAAACAAUAAAUAUCCAGUGACUGAUAUCCUGACUGUAAAUAUAGAGGAAGGUGUGACUGGGCGUUUAAACCUCUUUGCUACCUCGUAGUUAUUUUUCCUAAAAUGUCUAAAACAUGCAUUCCUGUUUUUGUUUUUUUUGUUUUUGCUCCACGACACCAACAGUGCAACAUCAUAUAGCACAAUUACCACAUCGAUUAACACGUCACGCACUGGCGAAACACACACACACGCACACACACUUUCCAAAAACGACAUACUGGCACACUCACAGUGAACGCUCAGGCGGGACAGAAAUCCAGGGCUUUGUUUUUUGCCACCACGUGCCAGAGCGAGGCGUUUCAACCCCUGAGGGAUGAAGGAGGGGAAAGAGAAAGAAGAAACCGGGACAGAUGUACAGUACUGUGGUGUUUGUUCUUCUACAAAAAAAUCCACUCAUCAGAAGCAGCAGCAGCAGCAGCAGCAGUGAAGAGCACUCAUUCCUCCCAGCAGCCUGUUUCCAGCCUCAUGCGUGACCUUAAAGGCAAUAUUGCAAGUGAAUCAAAUAAGGCAAACA